GGCAAUAUUCGCAAGAUCAACUUCUGCCAGUUUUGUGGAGGCUCAACAAAGCAUGAGAUACCUGAUGGUGAGGAAAAGGUGAGAGCUAUCUGCACCCUCUGUGGGAAGAUUAUCUAUGAGAAUCCAAAAAUGGUUGUUGGUUGCCUUAUUGAGCACGAUAAGAAGAUAUUAAUGUGCAGGCGGAAAAUUCAACCAUCGUACGGCCUUUGGACGCUGCCCGCUGGCUACAUGGAAAUUGGUGAAUCUGCUGCAGAAGGAGCAAUUAGGGAAACUCUAGAAGAGGCAAAUGCAGAAGUAGAGGUUCAGUCACCUUUUGCUCAAUUAGACAUCCCUCUUAUAGGCCAAACGUACAUGAUUUUUUUGGCGAAGCUGAAAACUCCCCACUUUUCACCAGGUCCAGAAUCAUCAGAAUGUCGGCUUUAUGAGCUUGAUGAUAUUCCUUUUGAUUCUUUAGCAUUUUCAUCAAUGCUGGUGACCUUGAAGCUGUACAUUGAAGAUAUUAAAGUUGGAAGGCCGAAGUUUCAUUAUGGCAUCAUUAACAAGAGGUAUUCUGGUCAGCCUAUAUGGCCUGGUACAAGCCCUUCUGAAAUCCAUGCCUACACUCUGGAUUAUCAUAUGCAAUCCUAACAAGCAUGUAAGUUCUUUUCCAAGGUCACUUUCACCUAAGAAAGUAGACCAGACGAUGGGGUGAUGUGAAACAGUUAAUUCUGACUAUUUAUCCUCCAUAACAGACUCAACAGUGCUGAUGCAUUCUGAUCUUCGUCCAAAUAGGAAGAGUUUUCGGUGCUCUCGCACAAUGAAAGCAUCUGGAAAUGAAUUUCUUUCAUCAUAGAUCUAUUGUUGUGUUGAUAUUUCCAUUCUUUUGAUCAUCUUGUAAAAAGUCUCCCUGGUUUGAGUAGUACAAAUGGUCUUUCUUGAGUUGCGAGGUGUGCAGAUUGAACCUUAUUACCAUUUUUUGAUCGCUUUCUUAAUUAAGCAACGAUAUAAAGCUAGUAGAAAGACAUGUUUGUUAAUUGUUAAUGUAACACGUGAUACGUGUAUUGUUGUUCCA